AGGUCUCGGCAGUCUGCCAUGCAGUAGCCCAGACAUUGGUUUAUAGGUCUGUGGUGCGUAGUGAACAGCUCAAAGACUAUCCAAAGGAUGACUAAGUUUGCUCAGUCAUGAGAGUUGUGGAAAAAUAUCACAGUGGGAAGGGAAAAUUGUGUAUAUAACUUCUACCUCGUGUUAGGAAACACCUACCAAUAAGAAUACGAAACCGAAAAUAGAAAUCGGGUGGAAAGAGGAAUACGAAACUGAAAGUAGAAAUAAUGUUGCAAGUAGUUCAUUUUCGUCGAAGGUCUUCUUUCGUAUUUUACAUCAGAUGACUAGGCCAGUGACUUGCAAGUAACAUUUUCCAGAAAUUUUUUCGAGGCGAGCUUUUGCUCUUGCUGGCUCUUGAACAAUGUCAGGCACCCCAGGUGUGCCAUCUAGCAAGCAUUAUGAACAGGCACCAGAUACAGUUGAUGCAGGGGAAAAGACUGUUGGGCAGUCUCUAUCAGAGCAAAAGGCAUUAUACUGUUCAGGUAAAAGGAAGGAUGGGCACGUUUGUGGUUACCAGCUCCAACCUGACUUUGAGUGUUGUCCCAAAUGUGGGACAAGGUCAGCGGAAGAGCCUAGCACUCCAGAAUCACAGCAAAGAGAAUGUUUAGGCAUAAGGAAAGAUGGAACAGCAUGCAGGUUUCUUCUGAUGCCUGAGUUUGAAUUUUGUCCAAAAUGUACGACUCCAGUGUCAACAGCUGUAGAACUGAAAUCUCCGCCUAAGUUGUCAGAUGAUGUGGAAGGCAGGAAAGAUAUGAUCCCUGACUCAAACAGUAAAUGCACUGAACUGCACCUACAGAGUCCACCUUCUGUUCAUUGCAAACUUCAUGCUUCAGCACCAGCCAUAAAGACUGAAGCAUCCAGAAAAGAGCUGCAGUAUGAAGAGAGCAAUUCUACAGUGAAUAAGGACAGCAGAGUUGCUAGUGAAAUGAAAGUGGAGCCCCAUUCAAAACAUCACCUUCAAGAUAGGGAGGAGAAAAAUAAAAAUCUAGGAAAGGGGGAUGAAGAAAACUACCAAAAGGAAGAAACAAAAAAUCAAAGAGAAGUGCUGCAGAAGGGAUGUCAAACUGAAGAGAAGCAAAUGAAAGACCAAAAGGUUCAGAAAGAAGACAAACAAAUGAAAGAGAAGGAAACAGAAGACCAAAGAGAGGUGGUAGAAGAGAAAGUGGGAGUCAAGGAGCUGGAGCAGAAGGGAGAAAAAAGUAGAAAAGAGAAAGAGACUGAAGAGAGCAGAAAAGAAGAGCAGGAAGAAAAUGGUUCCUUUCCCAAGCAUUUCUCACAAUAUGCUGAUAUCAAGCUAAGUGAGCCAUUACCUGAGGGAGCAAACAAAGAAAUGCAGACUUUGCAGGAUAAAAUGAAAAGACAAACCCAGCAAGACACUGAUAAAACCCUUGUGCUGUCAAAUGCAUCAGACAAUACAACCCAUACAAUUCUCAAUUCUGAUGUGAUCAACAGUGGACAAUCAAAGAGUGACUCAGUAAGUCAGGAAGAAGAAAAUCAGAGCAACAUAAGUGAAAGAGGGAGAAAUACACAAGAGGAGAGAAUUAUGCAGAAGAAAGAAGUGAGUGGACAAGGGGAAAGUUCUGGAAGAGAAAAAGGAGAAAAUCAAGUGAAACAGCAAUAUGAGUCUAAAACCUAUGCACAAAAGGCACAGAUGCCUAUGAAGGAACAAGAAAAGAAAGAAAAGAAAAUUAGUGAGGCAUCACAAUGUCCUAACACACGAAGUUUAAGUGGAAGGGACAAAGUUGCAGUAAUCUUCCAUGUCAUCAUCUCGGACACAUUUCAGUUAGACCCAGAUCGUGAUGAGGUUUGUAUGAGAUUUGAACCACAUGAGUUGGGUGGAUGGAGUUCUAAGAAAGACCAAUUCAUCAUGUCUAAAACAAGGUUCACUGACCUUGGAUAUCUAUACACAAAUAAAGUUUCGAUGAACAAAAACAUUAGAGAUAAGGGUUUUCAGUACAAGUAUCUAGUGAGGCACAACCGAGGUAACAUAGAAUUUGAGGAAGUUCCAAGAAAAAGUGAGGUAAAGCAUGGUUUUGUCAACAGACUUUUCCGAAUUCCGGAGGAUCAGCGAUCAUCAACAGUCGAGAUCCACAUUUAUGAUGGAAUUGCUUAUCCCAAAUCCUUUGGUGGUGGCUUUUGGAAAGCAGUUAAGAGGGCAAUAACAUCAGAUAGUUUGUCAGAUCAAGUCCGUAGAGAAGUAUUGCUGUCAGGAAAAGAGUUCCUUCCACCACCUGAAACAGUGAUGAGCGCUAUUUUGCAUCCAGAAAGCAACAAGAAUGUCACAGCAGAAGCAUAUUUGCAGCAGAUACAGUCUGUCAUGAACAGCCUUAAAUACCAGAUGCUUGAUGAAAAACUUUGCAAACUUGAUCCUGAACUUCCAAAAAUGUGUCUGGUAAAUCAUAUUGUUCACCCAAUACUCCAAGCAAUGAGCCAGUCUCCAUCAGACAAAAACAAGCGACGAGCAGCCACAGUCAUGUUCUUAUUGGUUCUGAAGCAUGAUCAUCAGUUAUAUAUUGAACCUUUAGGCAUGAAGAUUCUGUGUUUAAAUAUGCUGUCCUUCCCAGACUGUGAGAAGAAAAUCUGCCCUGAACUUGACGAUCUUCAAAAGAACUUUCCCCAGAGAAUGAACAAUAAUAAAAGGAUUUUGGCAGAUGUAAUUUGUCACUUGAUAGACAAGAGUGAUGUGGAUUGGAGUUUCCAGCCUGACCCAUCUUGGCUGUGCUGUGUUCCCCUGCUUCACUUUCUGAGAGGUGCCUCUGACCCUUUCUCAGAAUGUCAUCCUUUAGUUGACUUCAAGAAGGAUACCUGGUGGGGAAUUUCAGACUUUGUCAGGCGAAAGAACAGCUUCAAGUUUGCAGUAAAACAAUAUGGCAUUUAUAAGGAUUUUCUAAUGAGACUACAGCCAAACAUUGAGGCAGACCCUCUUCUGAUCAGGACUAUUGUUGCUUGUCUUGAGUUUGAACCUUUGCUGUCUAUGCUGCUUGAGGUGAAGGUUCCUCUAGAGGUCAUUGCUGCAGCUCUGAUUCAUUACAUGCAAGCCCCAACAUGGUUCAACGUUUCUGUAAAACAAAUGCUUGGUCAACUAAUGAAAGGCAUGGUGAACCGGUUGGUGGAAAUUCGCCUACAAAGAAUUGAAACAAUUAGUACAUUCAAGACAAGAAUGUGCCAGGCUGAGCUUGCUGCUUCAUUGCAUCAAGAAUUCUUCAAGAAUGAUUUCAAACACCAUUUUGAAGCUUCACUUAUGCUAGACACAACUCGUAUGGUACUCCUGAGCAUUGAUCACGCUGCAGCAAUGUUGGAGACAUCACAAGAUGCUACUGGAACUCUGAAACAUCUUGUCACAGAUGUUAUCAGCAAUAUGUGCAAGUGGAUGAAAGAACAUUUCAAGCUGAAUCUUCCCAGAUAUGACAAAGGGAAAUUGCCUGGACAUUUAAAGAUGUGGGCUUCUUUGAUCGCAACUACCGAUGACAUCCUGUGCACGCCAUUGAAACAUGAAAUGAAGAAGAUGAUUACAAACUGCUUCGAAGAUGAGCUCAAACAGAUGUGCUCAGAAAAUAAGUUAGAUGUAUUUCUGAAUUUGCGGGAUCAGGUGGCCCCCUCAUUUGGGGGACUUUUGCAGAAGCUUGCCUUUGAGGCUCUGGAUGAUGCAUUCAAGUCAAAAUCAGAAGCUCUGCAUGAUGUGCGCCUGAUAAGUCUUCUGUCAGUUUUCUUGGAAAAGACAUGGGAACAAAGAGUGAAGUCUGACUCGGACAUGUUGCAUUUCAUUAUUACAUGGGAACCCAUGAUCAAUUACAUCCUGAAAUUUGGUGACCAUGAAAAGCAGAAGAAUCUGGGAUCAAACGCUGUCCAUUACAUCACAACAGCACGCAUUUGGCUUGAGAAAAUAUUUGAUUCUCUCAUUGAAGGAAGCAUUCAGAUACGCAUAUUACAGGAUCUGAUUGACCACAAGGAACACUUCCUCGCUUUAGUAGAAGCAACUGGUAGAGACAAAGCACUGGCCCAACAUUCUCUUGCUGUCCGUGAGCGUGAACUGAAAGUAUACACGGACACAAGUGUAGACCUAGAUAAAGUGUUUAGAUGCUACCAGGAGAUGCUGAACACAGGUGAUGUUCACGAAGUUGAUAAGUCCUUGAGAACCUUGCAAAAUGGUGCUAAAGAGAUGUCACUGAGUGAUGUUUGUGAGGUUGCCAAGCCUGAUGAUGUCAAAACAGUUGAUAGCUACAUCCCCAAAGUUAAUCCUUGGAGGAUUCCUGAUGAUACUCUUAAGCUGUUACCAGAUGUCAGCAAAAAUAUGUCAUGUCAUAUUUUUCAAAAAAUAUUUGCUGAAAAUGCUAAAAGGCUAAUGCUGAAAGCUCUGACAUUUUGGGAAGCAUUCCAGAGAGUGUGGAAUGAAGCUGACCAGGAGUGGAAGGUCUUGCAAGAGGAACUGAUUAGUGGCUCCAUCUCUUUGCAACGUAUAGAGAAAGUGUUUAGUUUUUUCUGCACAGAUGGAAGCAGCUACAGGUAUGAUGAUCUGAGAAAACAGCUCGAGUUCUAUGUGUCCAGAAAUGCAAAAGACUGGGUGGAUACAAGGAUCAAGCAGUUCAAAUGCUACAUUAGCAUCAAGCAACAUGUGAAGGCAGCAAGAGCCUUGCUGAAAGUCAAGCAGGCCUGUAAAAUACCAGGAACCUUUGAUGACAUAGAAAAAAUUUUACGUCUGAGUUGCAAUACAUCCCUACCAGUUGGUACUUUGGAUACCUCUGUGUUGGACCUGUGUAAGGGUCUUGAAGACAUCCAACCAAGAGACAUCAACUGUCUGGAGGAGUUCACCAAACCAGUCUGCACUAAACUAGUCACGUGGCUGAAAGAGACAAUGACAGGAGGUUUGAAGGAGCUGAAUGUCUUUGUGGACCUGGCAUUUAUCUCAGCGGGUGAAGAGCCCAUGGCCAUCGCUCGAGUGAACUGUUUGCAUGCAGCAGCUACAGGCUAUGCUCCUCUCAUCUUCACCAAAAUCACAGACUGCACCUCUUUAUUGGAGCAGUGUCGUGUAGUCUUCAGAAAUACAGAAGCAGAUCCAAAUCUUCCACAAAAGCUGAGAGACUCAGCACGCCAUCUCGACUGGUUCCAACAUGAGGAACAAUCACGUGGAUCAGUGGAGAAAACCUCGCUCUCUCAAGUGGGGAACAUCAAUGAAUGUGGAAUCUUUGAGAUUGGAAAUGCUGAGAAACAUGGACUGAACCUGAAUCAGGUCAUCAGUCUAGAUGUGUUGAUGGAUCCUAGCAGUAAAACACCAAAUCGUCACUACACCUAUGAAGAGCUGCUAGACCUUCAGAGCCGCUUGAUGCUUGUGGCUGGGCAGGCAGAGAAGGGCAAAGAGAAUGUUGAUCGCUUCAUCAGUAUCAUGGACAGUCUGAUGCGCCUGGGGAAGACCUACCUGCGUCUAUGUGCUGAUGGUUGCAUCCUCUUCCUCGACUGGUCUGUCAGUUUCCUGUGUGAUGUGACAAAGCCUAUGUGUUGCAGUACGGUGUUCUGUGGGCAGCCAAUGUUAAAAGGAUAUCGUAACUUGACCAAUCAGGAGGAUGUUGAGCAAUUCAUUGCUGGGGUGGCAAACUUCCUUGAAUGUUGCCAUGGUGAGUGGCUGCAAUAUGUGGACCAGAAGCGCAAGGAGUACCCAGAGCUUAACAUCUUCACUGUGGAGCAGCUGGUCUUCCUACAGCGGCAGCUGGUUAAAGUCGGCUCAGACGACUUGUCCAAGUUUGUACUUCCUAUGCUUUCACUUCUGAGGGCUGACUGUACAAUGUGUCAUCUUGAAAAGGCUGUUGAGAAAGCUGUAUCUGAAAUUAGAGACUAUGCCCAGGAGAGGGAACAGAUUUUACAACAAAUACCACAGUCUCAGAGGGACAAUGGCAGCAAGGAGCUGAAUGAGGUAUUUGUGCAAAGGGUCAAAGAGGCAGGAUUUUCCACUGCACUUGCCAGGAAAGCUUUGAAGGAGGUUGAGCCCUCCAACACUGAAGGAGGUAUCGCCUGGUGCACACAGCACAUGAAUGAUGAUGAUGAUGAAGAAGAAACUGAUGAAGAGGAUGAUAAAGGUGAAGAGAACAGUCAGGAAGUGGAGAAAAAAGAGGUGUCUGUGAACCAGAUAAUCAACCAGCUUUUUUCUCGAUGUGAUCGGGUAUCAGACACUACUGUUUUGUUUCUUCAAGGCAUGCAGAACAGGGAUGACUCCAGCGUGACAUCUCUGCUUAGCAACUUGAGAGAGUUGUGGCAAAAGUUCCUGGAGGUUGUUUCAACCAGUGGCUAUGACUUCCUGAGCUUGGAACACCUGGGCAUUGUUCUCAGAUGUCUUGCAUGUGGUGAUGAAAGACUCUUUGAGAGGUCACUGCCUCCAGACUUCAAAAGUGGCAGUCCAAAUUUAAUCGUUUGCCCCAAAAGUGACAUUCUGAACGUGGUAACUUAUACAUAUAUGUUCCCACAAAAUAAUAUGACACCACUGCCCCAGCCUGAUGAAGUGUUGCUAUGUACAGAGGACACCAGUGUAGAGGAGGUGGACAUAUUCCUGCGGCGAGCUUUCUUUUCAAGACAGCAGAAGGUCUUCUGCAUGGCUUAUGCUGACUAUCUUGAUUAUGAUGUGGAGGAAAAGACAGAAAAGAAAAUACAGGAGUACAGCAGAAAGUCAGAAGUCUACCACCUUGUGGUCAUUUGUACCAAAGAAAACGAAUACAAGGCUCGCAUUGUGGCAGUCCUUGAAAAAUAUAGACGUCCAGCACCUGCUCUGAGCAACAAAAGCACCAUCCAAAAGUUUAUUCACCACUGCUUCAGUGGGCUGCGUAAAGUUCAUGGGAUGCAGUCAGCCUCUGCUUUGGAUCCUGAGAGCCUGUGUGUGAGAGUUGUGAAGUCUCAAAGGUCUGGUGUUGGCAAAACCUUGUACAAACAAAGACUUGUCGAUCAGCUGCUUAAAUGCCAUCCUGCUAAUUCUCAGUCAGAGAGAAGUAACCUUUCAGUGACUAUUCCGCUACACACAUACCGGGUCCAGACACAAGAUGUUGCAGACAUCUUGCUCAAACAAACUCUAGAGACUGGAGAUAUUCUUCCUCGCAUCAUUCACUUGGACAUUUCUUAUGAGGUACAAGAAGGAGUUGAUCAUCUUUUGUACAACCUCCUAGUGCUGGGUUGUAUCAAGAACAAGGAGGGCAAGGUGUGGCUCCGCUCACCUAUGGACCUGUACCUGGUGGAGGCCAUGCCAUUACUGGAUCAGAAAGCACAGCAGAAGGAUAAAGUACUUGUUCAUCACAUUUUAGAUAUCCUUCCAAGUCUGACCUGCUGGUCUCCUCUGGACAGCUUGAGUAUCAUGAAAGAACCUGGGAGAUUGCACGGUUAUCGGGCAAAUGACAGACUUUUUGAUGACCAGGAGUUUAGAAGUGAGGUGUUUCAGCGACCUUUCUACUACCUCCACUGUAUGGAGACAAAGCAACAGCCUACAGCCUUUGAAUUCUCAUUUAAUCAUGGUGAUCAAAAAGAUUGCCUGAGUACAUUGCUCAGACACUGUGGUGUGCUGAACCCCUCAUGGUCCGAGUUACACCAUUUUGUUCAAUUCCUGAACAAACAGCUGCAGGACUUUGAGAACUCUGUCUACUGCAGCAUGGCCACAAGCCAUGAUCUGCCCGGCUUCUCCCUCUUUGUCCUGCGCUUUCUUAUACAAAUGUCCAAAGACUUUGCCACGCGGUCUCUGAAGAUGAGUGAAGAGUCUUUGUCAGCACUUGUGGAACCAGAAGAUAAAGAAACGGGCAUCGAACAGUAUGAACUGAGGCGUACCUGGGAGAGCAGCCCACAUCCCUACAUAUUCUUCAACCCGGAUGCCAACUCCAUGACCUUUCUGGGCUUCUCCAUUGAACCCAGGACCUUCAACUUGAUGGACCAGCAGACUGGCCAGGUGCUUGUCCCAGCCAUUAUGAAUGCCGCCCUCUUUCAUUGUCUAAUACUCAACAGAGUACCCCUGACUGAAAACUUUGAUGUCUUGCCCAGAGACGACAGACUGCUCCGCCUUUACCGUGUGGUUGGACUGCAUGAUGAAGAAAUUUUUGAUGAUGAUGGCAUCAUAGAUCCUGAUGAUACGUAUGAACUGACUACAGACAACGUGAAGAAGAUGCUGGCCAUUUACUUGAGAUUCAGAUGCAACAUACCAGUUGUGAUCAUGGGAGAGACUGGGUGUGGAAAGACAAGGCUUGUUGAGUUCCUUUGUGCUCUUCAGACACCAGGAAAGAAAGCCUCUACCAUGGUCAAAGUUAAAGUACAUGGAGGAACUACAGAAAAAGAAAUCAUGGAAAAAGUUCGACAGGCAGAAAGAAUGGCAAAGAGAAAUGCAUCUCAAUUUCCACACAGACCAGUCUAUACAGUGCUGUUCUUUGAUGAGGCCAACACUACAGAAGCUAUUGGAGUCAUCAAGGAGAUAAUGUGUGAUGGCACAUUGUCUGGCAGGCCUAUUACUCUCGACCAAAAUCUAAAGAUGGUGGCUGCUUGCAAUCCUUACAGGAAACACUCAGAUGAGCUUAUCAGGAGACUGGAGAAUGCUGGACUUGGAUAUCACAUCGAUGCCAACAAGACCACAGACAAACUGGGUCGUGUGCCCAUGCGGCGCCUAGUGUACCGAGUCCAGCCACUACCCCAGAGCAUGCUGCCCCUGGUGUGGGACUUCGGACAACUUAACACCCGCAUCGAGGAUCUGUAUAUCCAUCAAAUGAUCCGACGCUUUGUGCGUGAUGGAAAGCUGAGGGACUUGGAUGACAAUGGCAUCAAUGUCUUAUGUAGGAUUUUGAUCAAGUGUCAGGAAUUCAUGCGAAAAAGACAGGAUGAGUGCAGUUUUGUGAGUCUGCGUGAUGUGACUCGAACUCUGACGGUGGCUAGCUGGUUCCUGAUGUCAACUGACAGAGCACAACAAGAUGCAGAAGACAGCAAUGAGGAUGAUGAUGGUGGUGAUGAUGAUGAAGAGGUGUCUGACCUGACUAAAGCCUUGGUUCUGUCACUGGCAGUGUGUUACCGAGCAUGCCUGGACAGCAAGACAGAGUUUGACAAACACAUAGUUCAGUACUUUCUCCCUCCAUUUGUCUUGAAUGGGGACAAACAGCAGCAGUUCUUUGCAAUUAUUGACAAGUGUCAAAAUAUAUUUCUGAAGAAUGUUCACCUUGAGGAGAAUAUAGCACGCAACAAGGCGCUGAAGGAGAACGUGUUUAUGAUGGUGGUGUGUACAGAACUGCGCAUCCCCCUUUUCCUGGUUGGCAAGCCAGGAUCUUCCAAAUCACUGGCAAAGACCGUUGUGGAGGACGCUAUGCAGGGCAUCUCUGCACGCACAGAUUUCUUCAGAAAACUUAAACAGGUCAAGAUGGUGUCCUUUCAGUGCAGCCCCCUGGCCACAGCAGAUGGCAUUCUGGCAACUUUCUCUCAGUGUGCCCAAUUCCAGAAGGGCAAGAAGACAGACACUUUUGUUUCUGUUGUUGUUCUGGAUGAAGUUGGACUGGCAGAAGACUCUCCUAAAAUGCCUCUUAAGACACUGCACCCACUGCUAGAGGAGGGUUGUCCUGGUGGAGAAGAUCUGCCUGAAGACUGCAGGAAGGUUGGCUUCAUUGGAAUCUCUAAUUGGGCUUUGGAUCCAGCAAAGAUGAACCGAGGAAUACUGGUUCAGAGAGAUGUCCCCGAUAAUCAGGAACUUGAAGAAACAGCUAGGGGAAUCUGCACCACCAAAGAUCAAAGUAUUCUAGUGCUUGUGAAUCCGCUGAUAAAGGAUCUUGCUGCUGCGUACCGGAACAUUUUUGAGAAGGCCAAGAAAAAGAGGGAAUUUUUUGGACUCCGAGAUUUCUACAGCUUGGUAAAAAUGGUUUAUUCCUUUGCUGCUCAAAGUGGAGACCGUCCUUCUCCAAAUCAACUGACUGCUGCCAUUCGACGCAACUUCGGUGGACUGGACGGCAUUGACCCUGUUGACAUUUUCAGGGAACAACUUCCAGCCAGUCUUUCACCCGAGAAGGCUCGCCCAUAUGACCCAGAUUGUUCCCCAGCUGGUCUUAUCAAAGCAGCUCUCAAAGGAGACAACAUGGACGGAGAAAGUCGAUACUUGUUGCUGCUAACAGAGAAUUAUGGAGGACUCACCAUUCUCUUUGACAACUUGUUAGCCAAUGAACAAGUGGUACCAAUCUUUGGUAGUAGUUUCCCAAAGGACCAAGAGUAUACACAAAUUUGCCGCAACAUCAACCGCAUCAAGGUAUGCAUGGAAAUGGGACAGACAGUUAUCCUCUUGAACCUGGAUAAUCUUUAUGAGAGUCUUUAUGAUGCUCUGAAUCAGUACUAUGCCCUGUUUGGGGGAGAGCGGUAUGUCGAUCUGGGUCUUGGCACUCACCGAGUAAAGUGCAGGGUGCACCUGAAGUUUAGACUGAUUGUUGUGGCAGAGAAGCAGGUUGUGUACAACAUUUUCCCCAUUCCCCUCAUCAAUCGUCUAGAGAAACAUUUCCUGACACUGAACAACAUCCUCACGGAGGAGCAACUCAAGUUGACUGAGGAACUUGAGAAAUGGGCAGAAGGUUUUGCAAAAGAAGGAAAUAAUGUCCAGCAAAAUAACAGAUCCAAACAGACAGAGGAUUCAGUGGGCGACGUUUUCAUGGGUUACCACCCUGACACUGCUGCUGCCAUUGUCUUGAAGGUCUGGAACAAACUCGGUGUCAGUGAAAAGCCAAAAGCAAAAGCACAGUGUGACCAGGUGCUACAAGACAGCAAAAAGCAGCUUUUGUGGUGUGCCACACCUGAUGCAGUGGUUAGGGCAAAACAAGAGGAGUGGAGUAAAGUGUACAACGAGGAACAACAGCAUAAAGAUCUGACACAAUACCUACAGGAGAUGCUGGAAAAUGGAUCCAAUGGGGCGAUCAUGGCUCAGGUGACUACGCAUGCCAAGUUGUUGACUGAACAGGAGAGGCAGAACCUCUGUGACCACCUACCAGUUGCAAGUGUCACCCUGCUGUCACUUCAGUCGCUUGACACAGAACAGCAGUAUCGCAAGCAGCUAGAGACAUUCUUCAUGAAUCAGGAUGAGGACCACAAGCUGCUAUUGGUACAGAGUGAUUGUGGAGAUGGACAUGAGAACCUCAUCAAGAGCGCUCAAUACUGCAUACAGGACAUGCGGCCAUCUAACUCAUCCCAGCAUCAUGUUGUCUUCAUUGUCCAGCUGCCACGUGUGGCUGGUGCCUGCUUUACAGGGUUUUUGGGUGGUUACUGGCAUUGUCUGCAUAUUGAUGAUUUACGUACCCCUGAGAAACCCAUGCCUUCUCUUGACCUGCUACAAGGAAGCGCCCCAUCCAGACUGCUGAAGCCUGUGGGUAAUGCUGUCUGGAGAAGCUUCGUGACAUGUCAUAACACCACUUUGAUGUACUUUCCUGAUGGUCAAGAUGGCAAUGUUUGGUGGCAUGAAGGACAGCCUGCUGGUGAUAUUCAGGAGAUGGAUUUGUAUCAUUGUAACACAAGCAAACAACACUCAGACCCUGGAAUAGCAGAACAUGAACAGAGUCUGGACAUGACUUUAAUACAAGACCUGUUGACUUCGUGUCUCCAAGCUGCUGUGGCUCUUGUCAGGGAUCAGGGUACUUCCCGUGCCACCCAUCGUGUUACUAUUCUCCUCAAGCUUCUUGAUACUUCACACGAAGCAGAGAGAAAUCUAUUCCUUGCUGGCCUGAGCCACAUGGUCUCCAACAUCAUGGAACAGAAGGAGCAAGAGAUGGUUCAAGCUAAAGACUGGCUCCUUAGAGAAGCUGCACAGAUUGAGUCUGUCAAGAAAGCUGGCACUUGGAGACAAUCCUGGAGGCAGUGCCUGGAGAGAAAAGUCAUCCCAAUCCUGGCAGGUAUUAUUGCUUACCUGGACACCAACAACAACCUUGACCUUCUGUACAAUGAUGGAGGUGACACUAACAACUCAUGGAUGCAGCAGCUGUGGCUGAGGAUCUUUGUACAUCAAGGCAUUGACCACCUGAACUACAGACAUCUGCAGUACAUGUACAGGAAGCAGGAACUGCAGGAGUUUGCUGUACAUUGUGAGUGCGCUGGGGCUGCUCUCUUUUCAGCCAUAUUGCCCUUCUCAUGGAUCCUGAUACAGCUUGUUGAGAAUGCUCUAUCUGGAGCCUCUGAAAGUGAAGGCAACCUAGCUACAACCGAUGCUGUUGUGGAACAAUCAUUUAUUUGUCAGUGUCUGAAGACUGUGUUAUCAGACUUACCUGAUGAGAGGCAGAAGGUGUUUGAAUUGUACAUCUCAGACCUUCUUCACUUCUCUUUUGCCCUCACUUCAUGUCAGCAUGAGGUUCUCUAUCAGAGCAUAAUAGCAGCACUUGCGCAAAGUGAUGUGAACCUCACACAACUAGAGCUUGGUGCUGCAUUUGUGCGUCUAAACAAAACUCUGCAUAACAGCAAGUCUCGGCUGCAAAACAUCCUGGAAAUGUCAGCCUGCCAACCUAGUCCCUUUGAAUCAUUUGUGACUGAAACCAGUCACCUAAUGAAGGCUGAGGACGAGAUGACACAGGAUGUGACAGUGCUGACACUUCUGGUUGAGAACCUCAAACCUCAUCCCAGUCAGUUUAAAGUGGAAGAGGAGCGUCAGAAAUGGGUCAGCAACUACAACAGUAUUGCUCCCAUCAUCACCCGGAUUAUCAAUGAAGUCAAUACCAAUAACACUAAUAUCCCUGAGACCCAUGAUGAGGAGGCAGAAGAAGUGGAGCAGAAGGGGUUAGGUGGAACUGUCUGCAAACUGCCGUAUGAAAGAAAAUGCAUACGGCAGCUGAGAGAAGUCAACUGCAUGUGGACACGAGCGUCUGCUGUCAAGCUGUUCUUGGAUUUCACUGAACCACUCAGAAAGAAACAGACAAAAUUACAGGAAGCUCUGAAGAAGGAUGUCAAAUACCAACUACUGUGGACUUUACUUGAUGAUGAUGCCAACUUGAAAACAAAGAAGACGCUGGAAGGUGUAGACAAAUUCCUCAAACAUGCAAAUGGGCAUGUCAUAAAGAGACUUCUCGGAAAAAUGACAAGCUGUGAUUACUGUGAUGCUAAGAUGGAGUCAGCACCAGUCAAGCUGCCCUGCAGUCACAUCAUGUGCAACAGCUGCUGGAGGCUAGCUGACAACAAGCGGAAAUGCCCCCAGUGUCACUUUAUCAUACCUAGGGACUGGAAAUAUGGUGACAACAAUGACAGUAAGGCACAGUCAGAGUUAGAGAUUUAUCAGCGACAAGUCAGUGGCUUCCUAAUGGCUCUAGUGUCUCAGCUGUGCUUUGCUGGACAAGAGCCUCCUGAACCUGAAGCUGUGAAACACAUCUUUGGAUACAUUAUUCAUAAGGCAAAGAACACAACCCUUCAGACCAAGCAAAUGAUGGUUGUGACGGACCUCAUUGACCCUACACCUGUCUUGCGGUCCUUUCUGUUACGACUGCUGCUAAGAUACAAAGAGGCAGAUGUGAUGCCAAAUCUGGAGGAGUAUUACAAGAAGUCCUGGGAGCUGCUGAAGCAACAAGGGACUGCUUCCAACCAGAAAGACAGCAGCUCUCUACUGGAGCUGAGUCUGCUCAUCAUGCAUUGUGUUGAGGACCUUUACCAGGAACAGGAUGCCCAAGCAAGGAAAGCUCUGGGUGACUUGAAUGUUGAGGAGGAGGCAGUCCAGGUGUGUCACACUCUGCGCUCCAUGCAGGUCUCUUUAGGUGACCCUCAAGUUGAGCUCAGCCUGAUCUGGUUAUUAGGACAAUUACGAUUCAUGCUGAAUAAGUGCACAGACUUCAUCCAGGCAACUCUUGGAGGCUCUCGCAGUCCUUAUUUGACCUCUGAAUUGAAGGAUAUCCUAAAAGCAAUCAUGCGCCUGUGUCAGCAUACAGACAAUGACUGGCCCAAGAAAUUCUUGAUCAAACAGCUGUGCCAAAAGUUUGGUAUGCAGGCCUACCUGAAGCUGUCCUUGCUUGUGAAGAAAGAAAAAUUGUUGGACUGGUUUGCUGUGGAAGAAACAGAGGUUCAAGAAGUAUCAGACAGGUACCUUGUUUGUGACCGACACUACAGGGCUGUACGUGAAAGGCUGGCUGAGCUCAAAGUGAGUCGAGAUCAAGAGACAAGCAGCACUCAAUUGAAGCAGGUCCUGAAGAAUUCUAGAUUGGCAGUCAACCAGCAAGAGCAGCUGUUACUAUUGGCAGUGCAUCGAGAGGUCUCAAUGACAUAUAUACACCAAAUUCCUCAGCAAAGUCGUGCAGACAUGGAGCUUGCUGUCAGUACCUUUGUAAAGGACUGUGAUGUCAUUCAGAACAAGGCCUUGGCCCAGCAAUUGUGUCAGAACCAGCUGGGUGCCCCUGGUUCACCCCUGUAUAUACAACAAGGACAAGACCUGGCUGAACAGGGGCUGGUGUGCUUUCUGGCUCAUCUGUUGAUUGUUCUGUGCCGGCAUGAACAGACAUCACAGUUGUUACUUCCCUUGUCUUCUCUAAUUCAUCAGCCUGGUAGUAUGACUAAUUCUUUUCUUCCAACAAUGCCUCAGGACAACCUGGAUGAGGUUCUUAAAGCUGUGGGAGAAACACCAGAACUAUACCACUGUCCUAAUGGGCACAGAUACCUCGUUGGAGGGGAAGGGCAGUGUAAAAUGCCAGUGGUGGAAGCUGCAUGCAAUGUUUGUGGUGCAAGAAUAGGUGGCGUAGGCCAUACACCUGCCCAUCACAAUGUUAGAGAUCAGAGGCAAGACCAGACCCAGACCGGCCACAUCUUAGGAGCUGCUCAACACCGUGCAGGAGAAGCCUUACCUGAGAGACAGCUGUCACCUGUGGAGUGCUUCAUCUUACGCUUCUUGACUCAUGCUGCACUCUACUUGGGGGCCAGCAACCCCGUUCACGCUACAACCAUUGCAAGUAUGAUCCAACCACGAAUCACACAACAGGAGGUGUGCCCCUAUUUUUGGAAUCACCUGGAGCAUGAUCUGCAGGUCCUGUGCCGAGCUAUCGGCCGUAGUCCUGACGAGGCCUACCUGCUUCUGCACUACCUGUGUCAUCAGCUGACACGAGACAGUAAAGUAGGUGCGAGACAGGUGGGUGCAAAUCUUCUAAACAGCAAAGAAGAGCGACUUCACUGGGAGAGGAUGUUUGCUGACAAAUUCAUCAUGCCUGUCCUUCAGAAACUAGAUAAGAUCAUUAAGGAAGGAAAUCAAGCCAUUGUUGCUGACAAUCGUCAGGGCUACAGCACCCUUCUGCAGAUAGUUCAUGAGACAGAUGUUAUGACAUCAAGGGCAGACAAUAGCCUUGAGCACCUGCCUUCCUCACCUGCAGUGUGGUGUUACCGCCCUGUCAUCACAGUGGAGCACUUUUUCCGUCAGUUCCAUCUGCAGAUUGAGUCCCAGCCGGCAACACACACCAAGUAUCCAGCCACCAGUCUUUUCAGAGCUGAGAGUCAUGUUCUGAGAGCCCUGCACUAUGUGCCAGCCAUACUUCGUGCUCAGCGACGUCUCUUGACUCAGCUAUGCCGACGUCUGGACAGGGCUGAGGCUGCCAACCUCAAGAUUGCAGAUUUCAUGAAAGAUAAAGAAUCCAAGGGACUGGCUGACCUCUUUCAACCUUUCUGUAACGCUUGGGAGAUUGUCAAAGAGCGUCUCAUUACAUACCGCUGCCUGACCCCUAUGGAGGGCCUUGUCUCCUUACCACAAGAAUUCUCCAAUUAUGUGAUCACCAAGAACAGUCCACUGGCUGUGCUGCUACCAUCUACACGUGGCCCUGGACUCUGCGCCUACAUCCUUCUCUACUACCUGCUGGUGCAGCACAAUGAGUUCCUCCACAGAUACUGUAAACUGACAAAGCAAAGAUAUGAGAGCUUGCCAGAAGUAGAGGGGCAAGCUGUUAUGGAAGGACACCUUGUAGGUUAUGCACCAGAAGAGUUGCUGCCCCUGGUACUAAGCCACUGUAACUACAGUUUGAAACUGGGGGAGUCUACAAACCUUGAGUAUGACUUUGAGUCUUUUGAAAGACUCCUGAUACAUUCCUUCAUGCAGUGCAAGUCUCGUGUGAAACGACAUGAUAAUGGACUUGUUGAUAUAAAAACCAUGGUGUACACAGCUGACACAACAAGCUCCCGACUGUUUAAACAGCUGAGAGAGAAGAUAAACCAGGAAUCCUUAAGCCCUGGAGAGCGGCGGCAGAUCAUAGAAGAUCUCCGUGAAGAUAUCCGUGACAUCAGUCACACCAUUGACAACCUCAACAUCACUCUACGGUUUCUGAAGGCAGUGCAUGCUCAACCAGAAACUCCGUUACAUAAAUUUAUGACAGACACAUUGAGAAUGAAGACCUCAGUCUUCAGUCAUAAGGCUCAGCAGCUGUGUUGCUUGAAGCACAUACAGUCUCUGUGGGUUGUGUUAUGCCAUCAGCGUGCCUCCAUUUUGUCAGCCCACAAAGAGGAUGCCUUUGACAGUGAUACUAGUCUACAGGAGGAAUUAACAGAAGAUCAGAAGAAAGAGGUCAAGGACAUGUGUCAAGCAAUGUCGGUGGAACGCCUGGAACUGCUGUUGCUGCAUCUGUUUGAGUGCAUCAUGUUGCGCUUGUCAGAACCUGUGGACCAGGAAGAUGAUGUCAAUCCAGAAAACUUUGUGCUGCAUGAUGUGCUGGAGAGCAAUUUGGAAUACCCUCUCUACCAAGUGGAGCCAGUAGAGGUCAGGUCACAACUUCUGACCUCACAGCACCUUAGUUCCUUCCCAGUGUCUCUCAAGGGCUGCCACUCUAAACAGACUUGGCUGUUGUGUCAUAGCCAGUUGAGAGCCAAACGACAGCAGCAGCACUAACCCUGUUGUUACACUCAGUUGUAUUCAGGCUACAGUUGGUCACUGCAGGAAACAAAGGAUGAACUCACUGUUUUGAAUGUAGACAUAUAAAAAAUUUUAAGUUUCUUUGUGAGUACAUGGAUUUUAAAAUAUUAAUCUUGUUGACACUUAUCUUCAUACAAAAUUCUUUCAUUGCAUGUAUUUGUUACAGUAAACCAAUAUCAUUAAGUCAUAUGCUCAGACAUUUUGAGAUUUAUAUAAUCACUUAAAACAUAUUGAAGUUGUUGCCUUAGAACCAGAGUAUUGAAUCCUUUUAUCAUCCCUUGACUAGUGAUCCUACUGUGUAUGUGGCAGGAGAGAUAGAAUAUAAAAUAAUACUUAUUAUACCUUAUAUUUGUCAUCAUCUAGAUUCCAGUUAAACAAAAGACACAGAGGACUGCAUUAACAUUAUUCUGGAAAUCUGUUUUCAACAGAAAUCUAUUCCAUCGCUGUAUUUUUUAUUGCGUUGUGGUGUUUGCAUUGUGUCUGUCCUCUGAAUUCUAGUCUGUGUUGAUAUAGCUGUAAAUUUUAGUAGGGAAGAUAGUUGUAUCAGUGAGGUCACUCUUAGAUGCUAUUACAAGGAUACAUGUUGACUGUAAUCUUUUUGUGGUCAUUGGCGAUUUUUUUUACGUUGUAUGAUCUUAAGAGUUUGUAUGACUUUAAAAUUUCAUAACUGUCUGGUUUUAUAAUGUAUGACCAUGCUACUUUUUUGACAAAAUAUUCAACUUUGACAUCAUGCUGUUUGACAUUUUUACUGUCAGACUAUGUUUGACCCUUUCAAUAUGUCAGAUAUUAUGCUGUGUUAUCUAUUAAAAUUAGUUCAUGUUAUAUGACAUUUUUUCUGCCUUUUCAUGUCUGACCCUUUCAUUGCUUGUGAGACCUAAUCAGUCAGACAUAACCAUGAAUGACUCUUUCGCUGUGGUGACUAUACAUUGUAUAAAUUGAUCACCCUUUUUCUGUACCUAAUCUUAGUCUCUGUGGCUCAGUUUGCGUUGUAAGAUCAUGUGAAGGUCCUUUGCCUCUGAAAGAGUUCUCAGUAAAAGUAAUGAAAUAAUUUUGUGUCGGUUUUUUGUUUUUUUGUUUAUAAUGUACUGACCUCGUAAUCACUAUGUACUGUAUAAAGCUUCAACAAGAGCAGAUUUUUCAAAAGUAGGGAUGAAGCACUAUGGAAUAAGACCUUAGAUACCUAAGGUGAUGUUAGUUGUUCCCUUGCCAAAUGCAAUGCUAUAUGUUGGCACAUGUGCUUAGGUAAUAGAUUAGCUGUUAACUUGCUUUAUUUUGGCAUCCUGUACUUCUUGUUGGUGUCUGUGCUUGGCUGGCAUCCGUUCACUGAAUUACCCAAAAAGGGAGCAAGAGGAAGAGUUUCUAGCAUUCCUUGUCAUCUUCUUCACCACCAGUCAUGGAUUGCACUUAUUUAUACUGUGGGCAUCUUAAUUGUAAUGUUGCAAAUAUGACAUUAGCACUGACAGGAUAUUUUGCUAAAAAAAUAUUUUCUCUUUUACUUACGCUUGCAAAACAGUUUAAUAUUUGGUAUAAGAGUGAGAUGUGUUUAAUCAAUUGACUUUUUAUAUUUGAUAAAAAUAUGAUUUUUGAAAAACUUUUGAACAAUAAAAAUUUGUAUUUUCACAUUAAUGUGGAGUUUUUAUUUGCUGCAAAAUAAAGGAUGACAAAUAGUUGUUAAGUCUGCACAAUCAGCUAAAUGACAACAUCAAUGUUUGUGUUAGAUGCAAUAGUGGAGUUUAUGGGACAACCUUAUUUGCAUUUGCUGUUUAAAUGAAAAUGUAACUUUUGUUUUAAUAACAACUUUAUAUUUUGUGUAAGAACUUUAGCUAGACUGGGGCUGUGCUGCAACAAUAGAUUUAUUUGUUACAUUUUUUUCUCCCUUUUGUUUUGGGUUCUGUAUGUCCAGUUUUGUUUUGUUUUUCGUUCAGGCUAUUGAGGAGGCCUUUGUUUUGUGGAAUUUCAAUUUUACUGUAAUUGCUUACCCACUCUAUUUUCCAUGGAUUUGUUUUAAUUAACCACACUUGUUUCUUAUUCUUUAUGUUAUGUGCACUGGGAUUUAACAGUUUACAGUAUUUAUCUUUUUGUAUACUACUUUUGCUUAGAAUGUGUGCCUGUAUCCUUUGCUGCAGAAGUUCUUUCUGCAUAUUGUUUUGCUAAUGCUGUUUAAAAGUUUGCCUAUUUUCUUUGCAUAAGAUUUGCCUGUGCAUUUUGCUUUGAACAUUUACCUUAAAAACAUUAAAAGUAUGUUUUUCAUAAAAAUUUACCUGUACUCUUUGAUUUAAAAGUUUGCUUAUAGUUUUUCUUUGUACUUUAAAACUAUCAUGCAGUUGUUUCUUAUCUUACUGAAUGCAAGCUUUGCUUUAAAUGUUCUGUAAGUCUUUGUUUUGGAUUGGAGUGGUUUUCUUAGUGCUACAUGCUGAUAAUGCUCAGCCAGGAUGACAGAGUGAUGCACUCAAAGAAAGAUGUAAAUGACUGCAAAUAUGUUCCAGUGUUUGUAAGGACAAGAAACAAAAGGGUAAAGGGUGACAUAAGUAACGCUAGCAUGUUGCCAAGCAAUUGCUGUGUACCAUAGAUAUCAGAGGUGGACUGUAACUGGUUUUCAGAGGGGUCAAUGUAGUUAGUGCAUCCAUUUAAGAUCAUAUACAGGUUAUGUGUCCUUUUGGAGCUAUUUGACAGAAGUGUUGCCAUCUCGUUUGUUUGGGAUUUUUGGUGCUGUUUUCUUACUGUGAGUAAAACAGGAUUUUUUUUUUAAUCUGGCAUUUUGUCUUCUGUUUAUUAAAAUUUUUGUUUUGAAGCUAAUUAGUGUUGUAGUCUUAUAGCUCUUUUUUUAUUUUGAAUGUUUUCAGUUUAACAUCUGUGAAAGGUCCCAAAGUUUUAGUCUUUUUGCUUCAUUAAAAGUAUACACUUUCAAGGUA